AUGUUGCUGCUGAUUCUUUCCACCUAUUGUUCAGAAGCACUGGAUGGUGUCUGCAAAGCCAAUCGUGAUUGCUUACACGAUGGUUACUGUGACGAUGUUUCCAAUCAGCAGUCUCAUGUUUACGACUCCAAGUGCAUCUGUACGCAAAACUACACGGGGCCCUAUUGCGAAACCCCCAAGAUUGCUACAGCCUUGGAUUGUGUGGCAAAUGCGGAUUGCCAAAAUGGCGGGACUUGCAAGUUUCUAUCCAUAUCCUCGGCUGGGAUUCAGAGCCAAGGAAUCUGCGAGUGUCCAUCCGAUCAUUAUGGGUAUCACUGUCAAGAGAAAUGUCCCUGUCACAAUGGCGGGAGCUGUAAUACUGAAUACUCAACUGGGGCGUACGAAUGCCAGUGCACCAAAGAAUUUUAUGGUCCUCUUUGUGUAUUUCGGUGGGAAGGGGAGAGGGAAGAAGCAGAUACUGGAAAGGCCAUGCUGAUAUCGAUUGUGGCAAUUUCCUUUGGAAUAUUCUUUUGCCUUGUUUGCAGCAUUGCCAGUUCUUCGAGGGGUGUCGGUAAUGAGAAUAUUGGAAAGAAGGUGGGAUUAGAACGAAUGGAAGAUGGAACAAUAGUUUACCGCAGUAAAGAGGAGGAAGGUGAAAAUAAAGCUGAAGGAGGAAUACCAGGGACCCCAAGAACGGAUCCAGUCUUGGACGACUCCGAACCAGACAAUCUGACGGAUCUGGAGCUUACAUGA